AUGGAUGAUGCUAGAAAUGAUUUAACCUCACUGCUUCGUUUCUCCGCUGGUGAACCUGGCCAAUCCUGUCAUGCAGUAUACCACCCUGGUUCCCACUUUGGCGGUCCAGUUCACUGUCUCUCCUGUUGUCACAAUCACAGCCCAGUCGACGACAUCUGGCGGCGCGCUUGUCAGACUGGCUGUCUUGCUUGUCAACAUGCUGUUUGCUGUGGUACCCUAGAUGGAACUCGUUUGGGGCCAAAAGCCAAUGGAUGGAAGCCAAGUUGUGCUUGUGACGGUCUUUGCGGCUCCAAAGGCGGCUACGGAGCAAUGGCCGACUGUGAGUACGGUUGUUCCGAUGAGAUCGGGGCUGGAGCUCGUUGUAGAUGUGCCAGUGAACGCGAGCGAAGAGGUGGGCUUGCAGCCAGACUGACCUCUGUCUGGCACUAUGGCAACGGUCUUUUGGCCAGUCUCCCGCCUCCAGCCAAGUCCAGCUGUACAGUUAGAGCCCUCACUUACACGGACUUGCAUUCACUGGACCGAGAAGACUUGGCCGAGCUGAUAAUACUUUAUCCAGAACUUGCUGAGUGCAUGAACACCGGUCUCGAGUUCACCUUUCCAUUGGUCGAUGCCGGACACGACUUUUGUGAGUAA